UCUCCAUUUGAACUCAACAAUUUUGGCUGGCAAACGACUACCUAUACAGCAAUCUGCAAGAAUCCGGAAAUAUGCCUUCUUCCCAAAUCAUUGCCUUUCUGGUGGUUGUAAUCGACAUGGCCCUCUGUGGGUUCAUCUCCAAUAGCUUUAUAACUGCAGUGAUGGUUGUUGAAUGGGCUAAAUGCAGGACCCUCGAUGCCAAGGAACAACUUCUUCUGUCCAUGGGAACGUCCAGUAUCUGUGUCACAGUUUUGAUGAUUCCAGCAUUAACCACUUACUACUUAAAGUUGGAGAUCAACCACAUAAUGAUGAGAAUGAUUAAUGUCUUUGCAAGCUCUGUCAUAUUCUUCCGAUACUGGCUCCUUGCCUGGUUCUGCGUCUUCUAUUGCAUCAAGAUAGUGAACGGCACCCACUCCCUCUUCCUUUGGUGCAAGCUGAGGAUAUCACACCUGGUGUCCUGGCUUCUUGCAGUAUCUCUAGCUGCCUCCUUGCUCUUUUCUGCCUAUGCAUUUCAUAAUAUUUCAGUGCAACAUCAGAACACCACAACAGCCAAUGUAACAAACAUGACUCAAGGAUACUCAUGGAUAGAAACCGGCAGCUCUUUACAACUCUUCUUUUUAAUUACUGGUUCAAGCUGUCCCCUUCUUGUGACUUUACUUUGCUCCAUCAUGGUUGUAGCCUCGCUCUGCAGACAUAUCUGCAAUAUGACAGGUAAAGGAGCCAGUUUCAGGAGCCGCCAAACAGAAGCUCAUAUCAAGGCAGCUGGGACAGUGCUCUCCUUCCUGAUCAUUUAUGUCGCUUUUUACAUUGCACACCUAUUGAUUGUAUUUCAAUACUUUGAAAAAUCAGAACAGAGAUUUGGUUCAAUAAUGUGUUCAGUGGUGCAGGUAAUGUGCCCCUCUGCUCACGGUAUCCUCCUGGUGUUUGUUAAUCCCAAACUCAAGCAGGCAGCUACCCAGAUUCUUUCAGGAGCAAAGCCUUAA